GAUGUCUGCCGGCCAGCUCAUCAGGCAAACAAUGUUUGAUCCUCAACCCGUCGUCGCCGGCUCUCCUCCAACACCUGGUGCCGCGAAACGUGCUCCCGACGUGGUCAUAGUGUUCAUCGGCUUGCCUCCGGUAUCGAACGAGGUCAGGAACACUUCACGGCCAGACCUCGGGCCCCUAUAUUCGACCGCGAUUGGACGGCCCGGCGUGUUUUAUUACUGCUCGCCAUCGCCCGGAGACCCCGUUCUGAGCGGUCAUCUCCGCUUCCGCCUCUGUUCCAAUGCAGCGUCCUUCCAUGAAGGCUCCGACCUGCUCACGCCGAACGGUGUCGAGGCCUGGAACACAUCCCUCUACGACCUCGUAAAACUCAAUCCAAAGGAGCGGGAGAUUCUGGUCGACCUGCUCAUCCAAGACGGUCUCGUUGACCGACAGGUUAUAGACCAGAUCGUCAAGUUGCCUUCCCUCCACAAACUGAUCUCCCACCGGCUGUACGCCCUAGAUUGGCCGUUUGUCGCCGAUCUGUCUUCAAGGUCCCUCCGACUCAGACUCAUAAACCUCUCCAUGUUCGAAUUAGUCGCUGUACCCGACGUAUUUCGGACGAAGCAGGCACGAGCACCCAUCGUGACUCCUUAUGCGGGUUUAGUGAGGGCACGUUUCGAACUCUCGCCGCUCCCUGAGCACGCCGGCUCGCCAUCUCCAGUUCUCGUCUUGAGAAUUCUAGAGCUACUCGAACCUGUGCGCCGCCGUAUCACUAAUGCCGAGCAGAGGAUGCCGCUGCCUCAGGCUGGGUCGCUGUUGUACAAGAUCGAUCCAUUCAGCGGUCAACCGAAGUUGUGGACGUAUGCUCUCGACCGAUGGGCGGAUGGGGACACUUUCAAGCGCUUCAUUUCAACGUGUGAGGGUCCGUA